UCCGCAGAAGCCGCCGCUUCGCGAUUCGAUGUCGCCGACGCGCGGGUCCACGACGCGACCGACCGGCGACGGAAUCGCCCCUCCCCUGCACCGGACACUCGCGUCGCUCCUCCGACUGAGCCCCUCGCGCACGGAGCGAAAGGUUUGACGGAACGGAAGUCGCCAGGCAGCUGGCAUGGGUUGUGGCGGCAGCAGCCAUGCAACGCUUCCACUGGAUGUUGUCGUUACAUACCCUCACAAGGAUACCGUGGCAGAAAUGGUGAAGCCCCAGCAAAAUUCGUACAUGCCUCAAACCGAAACAACCACUGUGUCCAAGGUGACGCCGCCCGUCGAGGAGGAGUCAGAGAAGGCGGAACCGGACAACGAGUCACCUCGUGCCUUGGAAGAGACCCCCAUCGCCGCCGAGUGUCUUCACGCGUACGUGCAGCACGAGCGACGGAUCCACCAGCUGGAACGUCGGCGCACGCUGCAGUGCUACCAGAUCAAGCUCGACCAACUGCGCCAGCUCGAGCUGGCCGCCACGAACCUCGAGAACGAACGGCAGCGGCUGGCCGAGAAAAUGACGGCGAUGAACAGCCUCUUCACCAACGACGAGGCCGUGACAGUGAGGAACGAGUUGCUGAGACAAAAGGAAGUCGACGGCGCGCUACAUCCGGAUCAAGAAGAGUACCUGGACAACGUGAACAGAAUGGAAGUCUGCAACAACGAGCUUAAAGUGACGGAAAGGCAAAUUGAAGUCUUACGAAAAGAAGUUCGAGAGCUUUCAAACGACUGCGAAGAGCUUGCGCAACUGUACCAAGACAGAGACAACCUUUUAGACACCAUUAUCUCGAAGACUUCAGGAAGCGAGCUGGAAUGCCAACUUGCCCUGGACCUUGAGAAGCUCAACAUCUGCAAGCAGCAGGUUGACCUGACGCACUUUAAGUGGUCACAAGCGCUGCUCAUGGUGCGUCAGGCAUGUUCCCAGUUCUCCCGGGCGCUCAAAAAGUGGAAGGACCUCGACACUGUCCCUGAAAGCGACGAGAAACUGCGGUACUACUGUGCAGCUGAAACCAGAAACAACAUCAGUGCUGCCUUACAAAACUUGCAAGGUGCGCAACGUUACCUGAAAAAUAUUGAGUUCCCUUACUGCAACCCCGGCGAAAUAGAGACCGUCUACAAGGCCAUCACGUACAUCUUCACUGACAUGAAAACGUCGGAGAGACGAGACCACGCGUUCAAUUGUUAUAAUAGCGCAUACAGAAGAGCAGGAGCUCUGAAGCAAUGGCUAGAAAUGGUGAUAAACAACAUAAUAUACCACGACCUCGGCAUUCUAGAAGAGCGGUGUCGAGAGAAAUCCGCGUUGCUGCGGAAGGAACGAAUACGACUCAUAAAGGACUCAGUCAAAAACACGACGGGCAAGGAAAUCAAGCUUGACGGCGCCGACUACAACUUGGACGCUGAUACGGACACAUUUCAAGAUGACGACACUGCGCAGCUGUUUUACGCCGAGAGAGCGCUGAGUAGGAGCUCAAUCGUGACUCCAGACACUGGCCGGACAACGCUUCCAACGCCGGUGCCAAUGUCCGAUCUCGCUCCCCUGCCUCCCACGGAAAAGAUAUUCGGUAAAGUGGCAGAGCUGCGUUACCAACACAACGAGCAAAUGAAGGUGCUGAAGAGAGUUCAAGAGCUCCGCCAGACAAGACUGAGCAAAGCGCUUCAGCGAAAGCUCGAAGCACGUCGCCACCGGAAAAGCACAACGUCGCAUGCUCGAGAAGAAUGACGAAUGCUAAACCCUACUGUUGUUGUAAAGUUGCUGGUGAAGGUAAAGAGAGGUCGAGAUUUUUGUUCAUUUUA